AUGUUGCGUUUUUUUCUCCUCAGGAACCGAACAGGAUCCUGCAGACAGACGAUAAAAUCUCUCCUGUUUUACCUCUGGGAUGUUUUCUCAAAACCGACUCCUGUCGGCAGAGACAUCCUGACUCUACUGUCUCUCUGUUUCACUCUUGCCAUCUUCACUGGUGGCCUGCUUCACCAUUGGCUGUCCAUGACUCUCAGAUACGACCACGGAACGUCCGUUCCGACCGCCUGCAUCUACAGCGUGGCCAUGUUCCUGGUCUCCUUCCUGUGCCACCCCCUGCGCUGUGUGCUGACCAUGACUCUGCCCACCGUCUGCACCAAAGAGGGCCGCAAACUGCUCAUCUCAGCCUCUGUCAUAAUCUUAGUGUUGAACGUCAUCCCUAAUAUUUCAGUUAAUGUCGGGGCGGUCGCACGCAUCCUCAAGUGCACUGCUGAAGGUUUUACAAAGACUUUAUUAAAUGUUUCCGAACCCUUCAACAUCGUUAAGCGUGACCUUGUUGAAGAAGCCAUCAAAGUGAAGCGGGAGGACCUGAGCAUUGUCACCAACUUAAGGACUUUAGAUCAUUUCACACACGUCAAUGUGUCAGCAGUCAAAAACAGAUUCACUAAGAUGAUCGGGCAGAUAGAGAUUAACUUCUCGCAUGCCAGGAACCUGCUGAGAGAAUACAAACUGCUGUCAAACCGUAUUCUUGCUGCCAUUUUUGUUGCUUUACUAAUUGCUGAAUCUGCACGCUGCUUGAAAUCCUACCUGACAUCAGUUCAGUUCGAUAAUGGUUUCACCUCCAAAGAGCUCCAGCAAAAAACACCUCAUGCUGGUAAUAAACAGCCAGCUAGAAAUAAAAUCAGUCUCACAAGUUGUAAAAUAACAAGUCAGGAAUGUACCUCUUCUCUUGUCUCCUUAGUUGUAGUGACGCUAUAUUUCAUUGCUAUAACUUUAAUAGUAGCUUUGGAUCAUAUUGUGUAUCAUAUAGUUGAAAUGAUUGUGCCGUGGCUGUUGGAUUUUCCACCUACAUCCGCAAUCAUAAGUGUCAAUUACAAGGUUGAGUGGUUCCCUCCUGCUUUCUGUAUUAUCCCACAAUCGUGCAUCACACGGGAGCUGACAAACUUCCACAGAGACUACAAGUGGAACUUCAGCCCCGAGCCAUCGCUCUGUGAUGUGACAACUUCAGCUCCGAACCUGGGAGUCACACUCUUGCUGGGAUGCCUCUGGCUGAUGAGCUACUUCAUGGUUUUCCUUGAGGUUUAUGCCAGACGUCUACGGAGAAAAAUCUCGGCAUCCUUUUUCAGAGAGCAGGAGGAGAGGAGAGUGGCUUACUUGGUGAGGAAAAUGCACGAGAAGCAGAAUAAAAAUGAGCCUAAAGGGACUAUUUAUGUUGGUGUUUUUAAGUAA